AUGGAUUCUUUCCAUCUCAAAAUUCUUCUCACGAACAAAAGCCCCACCAUCGAACGAAUACAGGAAUCACAGAAUGGAAAGCUAUGGACAAAGGAAGGAACGAAUGAGGAGGAAAGAGAUACAGAGAGGAUGGACAAGAGAGAUAGAAAGAUGACUGAUAUCUCACUUCCAAGAUCGAUGCGGUUCUUAUUGUUGUUGUCCUUAAUUUUUGAACAAAUAUUCACAGGAUGGAGCACAAUCACAUGGAGUUGCUACAAAAUCUCGCAAUCCGUUUGAUUUUUGUAAUGUUGUUGAUCUUGAAGUUAGAAACAUUAUGUUUUGAGUACUAGCACGAUUUAGACUUAUUAUUUUUUCAAGACAAUUGUGUUUUAGUUAUUGAGAAUAUUGUUAUAGGAAAAGUUUGAAUUGAAGUAAAGAUGUUGUGUUUUACA